AUGGUUUCUUAUAAACUUACUUAUUUUGAUUCUCGUGGAAAUGGUGAGAUUGCUCGGCAGGUUUUUAAAUAUGCUAAUCGAGAAUUCAUCGAUGAAAGAGUUUCACAAGAAGAAUGGAUGAAAAUGAAACAAAAUACUCCAUUCGGUCAGCUUCCAAUUCUUGAAGUUGAUGGAAAGCAGCUUGCUCAGUCGGUCACAAUUGUUCGUUUUCUAUCGAAACAAUUCGGUAUUUCGGGAAGAAACUCAUGGGAAGAAGCUCAAAUUGACUCACUUUCUGACCAAUUCAAAGAUUAUCGAAUCGAAGCUCGUGCAUAUUUUCGAGUAAAAAUGGGAUUUGGAGAAGGCGAUUUAGAGAAACUCAAGAAGGACAUUUUUAUUCCAUCAUUCAACAAAAUGUAUACAAUUUUCACAAACUAUCUCAAAACUUCUGGAAGUGGGUACUUGAUUGGAGAUUCAUUGACUUGGAUUGAUUUGGCUGUUGCCCAACAUUCUUCAGACCUUCUGGAAGCGGACAAAAACAUUUUAAAAGAGUUUCCGGAAAUGGCGGAUCAUCAGAGAAGAAUUCAUGACAUUCCGAAUAUCAGAAAAUGGAUUGCAGAGAGACCAGUCUCUUCCAGAUGA